UCUCAGCAUGUGCAUCCACCUCCUCGCUCCACGUUACAAUCAACAUCUCUUUAAUUUAAAAAUUACAAAAUUUAGCAGCCGCUGGGUCAAUUUUUGAUCAGAAAUGUUCAAAUUCCUGAAGAUAUCAAAUUUCUAUUAGCAAUUACAUGUCAAACAAUGGCACACCUGUGCAGUACAGAGUCUCCUGAAAAUAACCACAUAUGGCAUGAUUGGCUGUCACAUGUAAAUACUUUAUAAUUUCAAUUGUAAUUGACCCUAAAAAUUCCCCCACAUUUUAGGAUUCUAAGGGUUAAUCCAUUAGUAACAUAAUAAUUUGCACUUCUACUACAGGCACGUUACAAAAGUAUGGAGAAGUAUUUGUCAAGUAUUGAAGGUGGUUUGACUGACAAGGGGCUGCUUUUCCCCAAACCGUCAGCCAAUUCCUUUGUAAAGCUCACCGCCUUGAAGCCCCUGAAUUUAGAGGCCUUUACUCUGUGUAUGCGUCUGUUUGUGAAUCCAGCUGUAGUAAACCAAGGCAACCGUGAGACCAUCCUCUUCGCUUAUUGCACCACAGAAGGUGAUGAGCUUAACGUGUGGCAGGAGAAGGGCAAAAUCUCCUUAUACCUGAGAAGCAGCAGAGACGGUGUUUUCUAUGACGUCCAACCUCUCUCCAUCUUCGGCACAGACCUGUGCGUCACCUGGGAAUCCAGGACAGGUCUGACUGCGUUCUGGGUGGACGGCCGCCGCAGCGCUCCGCAGGUGUACAGGAAAAACCACAAGAUCCUGUCUGGUGGUGCUGUUAUCCUGGGUCAGGAUCCGGACUCUUUCGUUGGUAAAUUUGAUGAAAAUCAGAGUUUUGUAGGUGAGAUUUCUGAUGUGAACAUGUGGGAUUAUUUGCUGACAGAUGAUCAGAUUAAGAACUUCAAUGAGAAGGUGUGGGUGGGACCAGAACCAAAUGUUCUUAACUGGAACACUGUGCAGUAUGAAGUGAAUGGGAAUGUCCGUGAAGUGCCAGAGAAGUACAAAUGACAUGUAAGAUGACAGUCACUGUAACAAGGUCCUGCAAAAAAAUAGUGGGCCAUGUUUUCUACAACAGUGCUGUAAUCAGGCGUGUACCAGCAUAUAUGCAAAAUCACAAAAUUGUUAAAAAAAUAAAUAAAAACAUGCAUGGAUAAACAAA